CAGCCCAGCCUGCGGGCGCGGAGCGGGCAGCGGGGCCCGGACCGCAGGGUCCUCUGGGGGCCCCGGAGUUAGGAGGCGGCGUCCGGGAGCCCCCGGAGGAAGAUGGGCUGUGGACGCAGCAGGCUGAGCAGCUGCAAACCCCCCAAAAAGAGGCGCCGAGAACCAGAUCAGCCACCCAGACCAGAGCCCCAGGAACUAGGUCCCCUCAAUGGGGACACGGCCACCACUGUUCAUCUCUGUGCAUCUGAGGAGGCAGAGCAGCACCAGGACAUAACAAGAAUUCUCCAGCAACACGAAGAGGAGAAGAAGAAAUUGGCACAGCAGGUAGAGAAGGAGAAGGAGCUAGAGCUUCAAGAGAGACUGGAUGAACAGCGAAGAGUCCUGGAAGGAAAGCAUGAGGAGGCCCUGCAAGUCCUCCGAGCCUCAUAUGAACAGGAGAAAGAAGCCCUUAUCCACUCCUUCCAGGAGGCCAAAGCUGCCCUGCAGGAGACCAUAGAUGGACUGAACUCACAGCUGGAGGCCUUCCAGGCCAAGAUAAAAAGGGUGGAGGAGUCCAUUCUGAGCCAAGACUAUAAGAAGCACAUCCAGGACUACGGGAGCCCCAGCCAGUUCUGGGAGCAGGAGCUGGAGAGUUUGCACUUCGUCAUCGAGAUGAAGAAUGAGCGUAUUCAUGAGCUAGACAAGCGGCUGAUCCUCAUGGAAACAGUGAAAGAAAAAAAUCUGAUGUUGGAGGAAAAAAUCACAACUCUGCAACAGGAAAAUGAGGACCUCCAUGUCCGAGGCCGGAACCAGGUGGUUCUGUCAAGGCAGCUCUCAGAAGACGUGCUUCUAGCCCGUGAGGCCCUGGAGAAGGAGUCGCAGUUACGGCGACAGCUCCAGCAGGAGAAGGAGGAGCUGCUGUACCGGGUUCUCGGGGCCAACACCUCCCCUGCCUUCCCCCUGGCCUCCGUCACCCCCACCGAGGUCUCCUUUCUUGCCACAUAGGGCACAGGACCCAGGGCUGUUGCAAUGCCUGUGGUCACAGCUCCCUCCAAAGACUUUGCAGAGAAGACAGCAGAAGCCUCCGGGUUCUUUUCCCAGGAAGGAAUGAGGGUAGGAGUGAGACGGGGAGCCAGGGUGUGUGCCCAGUGAGCUCUGGGGUCUUGGACCAUGUGGAAUUGCCCACGGGGCAUUGGAGGCCCUGAGCAAGAGGCGCCUUCCAUUGAGUUGGCCCAGGGAACAAGCAAGAAGAGUCCUUUCCUCCCUCCCCUUCUCCCUGUCCAAAUCGAGGAAGUUCUGAGGCUUUUCCCAGCGCCAGCCUGGGCCACUCUGGCCAUCUGACAAAGAGGAGCCAACCUCCAUUCCCAGUUUGUCAGCUUUGCUGCCGACUCACCAGCUUGUCAGCUUCCUCCUGGGUGCUCCCACUUCUGCCCUGGCCUUUGCUCAGCCUCAGUUUACCCCUGCUCUCAAACGGUUGUGGGGACUGGUCACUGCAGUGUUCCAUUCUAGGAUUGUCUGAAGAGCAGACAUAGGGGUUGCGGGGAAGGUAGACAAACCCUGUGGAUGUGACUGGGAAAGAUGAGUGGCCGGGAGGGAGUCCCUGAAGGCCCUUGGGGCUGGCAGGGCCAGGCAGCCACCCCAGCCGAGGCAUCGCUCCUGGUGCCAGAGUAUGGUUAGUAGAGGGGCAAUGGCCAGAGCUCUUCUCUUGCCAGGCAAGGCUUCUCCCCUCAGCCCUCCUGGUCCUUCCGUCUCAGUGCCACCUGGGCACAGGGGCCACCUUAGUGGAUCUGGGUACACUCAACAGUCAGAGCUGGAACCUCACCCCUAUACACACGAGGAAACCGAGGUGGAGAGCGGAUCCCACAGAGCCAGGACUAGGACCUUGUCUGUCACCCAGUCUUAUCCUGCUGCUUGUCUUGUUCUCCCCAGGCUCUGCAAAUGUCAGACCCGUGACUUAAUCUUUCUCCUCCUUCCUCUACCUGUCUGCCACUGACUUCCAGCUUCUCUUUUACUCCUCUUUUCCUAAACUCCUUUUUCUACCACCUCUGCUCCAUGGCCCCUACAAACCUGGCCCUCAGCUUCCCCAUCAGUGAAAAGGGGUGGCUGGAGGAACCAGCUUCAGCAGGCCUGUCCAGCCCUGACAGUCUGUGGAUUUCAGAUUCUUCUCAGGAAGCUUCAGAUCAGCUGGAGACUACAAGAACCCCACCCUGCAUAGAGCAUUUUCAUCAAGGUGCUUCCAUAUUCCCCUCCCUCCCCUGAUCCUCAUAAGAUCUUUGAAACAGGUUCUGAUCCCUCACUAGCAACAGCAAACUGAGAUCACAAGAGCUAAAGGGCUGUGCCUGAGGUCCCCCAGCUUCAGCCCCAAGUCCUGGGCUUGCUCGUAGGAAAAGUCUAUCUUCAUUUUCCAUCAAUCAUUCUAUGGUGGCAUCAUCCCAGACUGCCGUCUUCAUUCCCCUGGAUAUGGUCUCCAUCCAUUUCUAGGCCUAGAAGUUCAUAUGUGGCUGUUUCUCCAUUUCCCCAGCUGAGCAGGAGAAGAGGUAGGGCUAUGCAGCUGCUGAGCUGCUUCUCCAGCUAUGGUCAAACAGAUUAUCUGGGAGCCUUAAGAACAGCUCUGGAGUGAAAGCACACAUGUACUUUUUCAUGCAAGUUUUUCCAAAGCACAUCUAGGAUAUACUAGUUUGUUGGACAUUAAUAGGCAUGACCCAGAGAAGAAACGGUGGCCAAGCUAAACAGAUCUGCAAACCUGCAGGACUUCUCAGAACCUUUAAUAUGCCAAUGGGCAUUGCAAAUUUCCAAGAAGGGAGCAAAAUAUCCAGCAUUUCCCAAAUUACUUUGACCAAGCUUCUGCCCCAACCCCCAAUCCCACCCUGCAAGCAUUUCAGGCUGCAGAAUACACUUUAGAAAGCAUCCUUUUAAUUGAGAGGUGCAGGGUUGGAGAAGGGGCAAGACUUGGGGAGUGGGGUUUCUCUCACAUAGCCUGUGCUGGUUGUGGGAAGAAGAUAAACUGGUCGUACCCUCACUCUGGGGCAAACAAGGUAUGGAAAGUACAAGAACAUGCAGAAUCUUAUUUACUUGGCCUCUGUGUUUUCUUGGGAGGGGGAGGAGGUGGGUCUUCGCUAAGGCCCGUUGCCAGUGGCAGGGAUCUUUGAAGAAUAAAUCCUGGGGCCCAGAUGGCCCACCAGUAGUUCUGGGCUCCCUCUUCAGCUACUGGAGCCCCACUGGCCCUAGCUUUGGCCAAGCCUUGAAGGUGGGGCCUGGGGCCAAGGUGAAGGCUAGACUAAAGGAUGUCCUUCAAAAUAGGUCGAGGCUUAGAGUGAGGCUGAGGUUAGGCAAGGGGAUGAAAACAGUGAUGGGACCGCAGAGUGCCAGGGGAGAAUGGGAAGGUGCUUUCUUCUCAGAGGUGGGGACUCCUCGGCUAUGGAAACACUGAGGAUCCCACAGUUACUUCCCUCUGUUUCUACUCAUUGCUCCACACCCAGAUGCCUGCAGCCAGGGAGGGAGCUAGGAGCAGGUUAGGGAGACAUGGCUUUGGGUCACAUGGACGUGGGUAGUGGCAGACCCCAUGCCCCGAAGGUUGGUGGCCCAGCAGAUGUAGACAUCAGCCUCCUCGGCCCAGGUCUCUUCCACAUACAGGGUGCUCUCUGCCUCCUGCUGUACCUGGCCCUCCUGGCAUACCACAUCAGCCUGCUCACUAACAUAGCGGGGGUCAGCCCAGCUGCAGAGGACAAAAAAUAACUGUUCAUCAGCUCCCUCAGAUGCCAUCUCUGACUCAGGCACCAGCAAGUCGGUGAGAGGCACCGUGUAUCCUUUCAGGGAAAGGGGAAGUGACUUACUCAAGGUCACACCUUGUCUUGGUGUCAGAGCACCUUAAAGGCCAGGUUCUUUGUGAAAAUCUUUGUUUCUCAAGUCUCUGGAGAGAAGCUGUGUCCCCUCCUCUACUCAAGGAGUGUUCCAGAGGUAACUCAACCCAGAGCAGCAUUGCCUAAUGUGGGUUUUGUGGCCUCUGGUUCUGUAGGAUUGUUAAUAGGUGCUACCUCCGCAAAAUGAGGGGUUGCGGGGGUGGGGAUUCCAUUAUGAAAAAUGGGAAACACUGAGUCAAGCAAAGUGAAACUGGGGAGACUCAGGCUCAAGGUUCACCGGGUACUGGCUCAGACUGCCCAAAUGCCUGGAGCAAAGUGAAGCUGGAGCAUUUGAGUUAAGGGAGAACACAGCACCCUAGCUGGGCUCCACUGGCCUCUCUUUCAAGGCUGCUGAAAAUGAUGAUCUUAUCAAUAAGUCACAGCUUGCAGAGCACCUUUUUUCCAAGUCCUAUACUUUUAAGUGGCCUGUGGCUGGGUGAUAGCCCCUCAUGGGUCUUUUUGUCCCACUUUUUGCCCUUGACCCUACACAAGGUCAGCCCACUGCUCAGACAUUGUCAAUGACUCCUAAGAGUCUGGAGGAUGAUGCUUGGGUUCCUUGGCCCCACACUCCUCUGUGUUCUCAGCAGGUGGCAGUGGUGGGACAGAUAGGUCUCUGGGUCCCAUCUGUGUAUAUGACAUGUUUAUCCUUGCUCUUGCUCCUGCUGCCAUGGGCCUAGAAGGCCUUCCACUUACCUAAAUCCCACCCUCCAAGGCUCCUAUCAAAUUCCAGUUCUUCCAGGGAAUCCUUUUAAGAAUUCCUAAAGUCCCCAGUAUUGGUAGUAAACUGCAUGGCACGAGUGUUCCCCAGAUGUUUGAGUGGAUAGCGGUAAGGUUCUUUGAGAAGAAAGAACACCACCGCCACCGCCACCGCCACCACCUCUCCACCACCUUGGGAAGGUCCAGGCCCACAGCAGAUGCCCAGGAAACAGUCACAAAUGCAUUUGGUCCAUCUCCCCUCACACACACACACACAUAGACCAUACAGCCUAAACACUUGCAUAAGUCUUCAUGUGCUUGGGGCCAAUCUGAUCUCGGCUUGAAUGUCACCUUGGAGAUGACUCCCUGACCACUCUAUCUUAAGUAGACCCUAUCACAUUGGCCUGUUUUACUCUCGUUGUAGCACUUGGCAUUAUCUACAUGGUUGUGCUUGUCCAUUUCCUACUUCCUCCUUCCUGCUUAGAUGAGAAACUUGCAGAUAGUGGAAACUGUAUCUCUUGAUUUAUCGUUGUGACCAUAGUACCUAGUACAGUGUCUGGCAUGUGGUGCAUGCUUAGUAAUCACCAUAGGAUAAAUUAACAAAGGAACAAAUUAUACAUUCUUAUGCAGUAACCUGAGAAGUAGCUCUAUUUGACAAAUGAGGAAACAGGCCCAGAAAGGGGAAGUGACUUGCACCAGGUUACUAGAAUCCAAGUUCAUCAGAUUUCUGGUCCAGCAGUGGUUCCAUUCUGCCAUGAUCAUUUUGUCCCCGAGACUAAUCCCUCACUCCUACCUCCUGCCCCAACACACCACCACCACAUACGCAUGUACACACAGUUGCCUCUUACCUGCUGCUUACCUUCUGCUCUGAAUAUUCCCAGCUAAAGUCCACAGCAAUCUCUGGCUCACCCAGAACUGUGCAGGUCACACUGAAGUUCUUGCCUAGUUGAACCAAUGUCGCUGAAGCUUGGAUGGCAGGUUUGGGGGAGAAAGAUAGGUCUGCCAUGGAUAAGAGGGGUGAGAAGAUGGGGACAAACACGUCGAGUUGAUUGUUAGAAUGGCUGAAUUGCUGGCAGGCAGAUGGAAAGAUGGAUGAAUGGAAUUAAUGGAUGGGAUGGUUAAAUUGAUAGAGGAUAAAUGGUUGAGGUGGUUGAGUUUGUAGAGAAUAUGUGGAUGGAUACAAAGAAUUAAUGGAGGAUGGGUGGAUGGUGGAAUGACUGGCCUGUUGGAAGAUAAAAUGGUUCACCUGAGGGAUGGAUGAAUGGAAUACUCGAUUGAGAAUAUGUGGAUGGAUAGAAAGGCUGAACUGAUGCAGGCUAGCUGACAGCUAGGCUGGCUGUCUAGACAAAAUGGUUGACUACAUGGUGUGUUGUUGAAAGCUGCUUGGUUGGUAGAGCUCCAUAAUCCACAGACCUCAAACCUGAGGUUCUCAGAGGAGGUAUCUCUCCCCAUUUCCUUCCCUUCCCUGCCCACCCAGAGCCCUAGGUCCACCCACAGUUGAUGUAGAUUAGCAUGUGCUUGGUAGAUAUUUGCCUCAUGCCGCCUAGACUGCCAAGCAGAAGAGGGAGCCAGACAAGGAAGCUUGGGGCCAGUGAUGGUGAAGCACUUCUUCACAUGAGAGGAGAUGUCCAUCCCAUCCACUGCGACCUCCACAGGGGGAACUCCUGGUACAGUGUCACCUGGGCCAGGGUGUUGGUCACCUGGCAGGGAAGAAGGGCUGGCUGAUGUGUGAAUAACUGUAACACCUCACAGUAAUUCUCCAUAGGGACAAAGAGCUCCUCUAGGUCUGGCAAUGAGAGAGAGAAAAAUAAGCGUGGGACAGAUUUGUUGCUUCCCAAUGCUCUACUGCUGCCCAGGAACAUGAGGUCCCUCGUGGGGACCUGAAAUCUCCCUUUCUCUCGCCAUCCCCAUUCUCCAUGCUGUUUCCUCUCAUAAGGGGUCCUGGUCUAAGGAUGCUGAAGACAAGCUUACUAGUUCCGGCUCUGUCGCUAGCUUGCUGUGUCUUAAAUCUGUCCCUCUCUGGUCUUUAUCAUGUAUGAUGAGUGAUUUUAGACUGCUUGGUCUCUGAGGGCCGUUCUAUGUGAAAAAUAUUAUAGAAAACACUGAACUUGAAGUCAAGGUUCCGGUUUGAUUCCCAGUCCUGCCACCCACUGGAUCUCAGGCAACUCACUUCUUCCUCUGAGCCUUGGUUCCUCUCAUAUGUCCAGUGGGAGCAACAAUCCCAUUCUGGCCUACUUUGCAGAGCUGAUAAGAAGCAAAUGAGAUACUGGAUAUGAGGCACCAGGCCCAUCGGAAGCUAACCUUCAUCAAACUCUUUCAAGGUACUUUUAACAACACAGUCUCAGGUCAGGUUCUUGGGUGCACAAUGGUUCAAUGAACAGGAAUUAUCUGGGGACCAGCUUUCUAGAGCAGUGCCGUCCAAUAGAACUUUCUGUGAUGAUUGAAAUAUUCUGUAUUUGUGGCUAGACACUGUGACUACUCAAUUCUCCAUGGAAUUAGACAUACAAUCCUAGAAUGUCACCAGAAGGAUCUUGGAGAUCCUUUCAUAGGUGGGCCUAAAGAGAAAGCUUUAAGAGAGUUAUGUCUGGAGGACUUUCCCCAAUGUAGGUUCUUGGAGAACCUGACUCUAGGGUACAGGUGAAGAAAAGGAAGGUCUUUCCCUGGUGGUCCUUACCUUCCACGAACGCACCAUCCUGGCAGUGUCAAGCACAGCAGCUGUAUUCCCCAAUGUCCUCGCCCAUGGAGUUCACCAGUAGUAGUGCUUGACUCUGAAACACAGUCACUUGGGCGGGCAGAGCAGGAGAUGGGGAUGGCCAGAGACACCUAGUGGACAGCACUAGGUCUGCUGACAAUCCUGCUCCCCAUCUCUGACUUUCAACUCUAUCCAUCCAGUCUUCCCCUUUUUCCCCAAUUGAGCCGUUAGGAUUUAUGUUGGCCCUACCCACAGUUUCUGAUUGGCUCGCUUAACCCCAUACUUCAUGCCACCUUCUAAUUGGUCCAUCUGCUCCCCAUUGGCCUCACCCACACUUUGCAAGUGGAAUCCCCCAAACUCCUUUGUGCUACUUGUCACCUUUCUUGCAUCCCUUUGUUCAGGGCAGCAAGUGCCCUCUAAGCACCUCUGCUUGCUGAAGGAGGCAGAGCCCCAGGAAAUCCCAUUCUAAGAGGCUAAAGUGAGAGAGGGUAGACAAAUCUUCUGGGACCAUUUUUAUAUCCCAGCGUCUGCCUGAUUUUCUUCUUGACUGGGAUGAGAAAUGCUGGUCAAUUUUGUUUUAUUUCUGGCUUCCCUAUGAUGGCGUCUCUGGCAGAAGGGUGGCCUCCAACCUGACUUCCAAGCACAGAUAGGUGGAACAGUCAGCCUCUUUUGUCUUGCCAUCAUCACCAUUUGCUUACAGGCACUACUUGCUCCCCCCCAGCAUUGAGCAGCUCAGGAGUAUGGGAAGCCUUGUCUCCCAUUCUGUUAAACCACUCUGCAUCUGACGGGUCUCGUGGGCCCAUCUUACUGUUUCUUUUAGGUGCCUCCUAUUAUACAUAAGGGGAUGCCCAGUGUGGGUUCUGAGCCAUUUUAAUCCCCAUAAAAACUGUUGUUAAUGUGCUUGUGUUCACAUUAACCCUGCUCAUGCACAUCCUGUGACCUACCCAACUCUGACACAUUCAGGCUUUCCAGAGAGUUCCUCCACCAUAUAACUCAGGAGCCCCUCGCCCGCCUCCCCCAGGUACACAGGCACCCUCCAGCAGACCACCUUCCCCAGGCACUGCAGCUCCAGGGGCACCCCAGCCCAGAGGCUGAAAGAGUCCCCCACCUUCUGGAAUCGUCGCCUCCCUAACACCUGGGUCAGGAGGGAAGGGCGUGGGGGGCUUGAGGCUGCAGUCUCCAGGGGGGUCUUUAUCUGCAGGGACUUCUGGCUGCUGUCUGAUUUGGGCCACCUUCUGCCUGGUGCUCCUGAUGGCUUCACCUCACUGGGGCUGUCUGCUUUGAGGCCUGUCUUCUCCUGAGCCUUCUGCUGUGCUCCCGGAUCUCAGCUGCAGAGAAGACGGGGCGGGGUCUGGGCUCACCAACCUUCACCAAUCACCUUGAAUUCUGACCUUUCCUCAUCCCAGCAAUUGACAGAACCUCAGAGUUCUGUCACCUUUUACAUUUACUACUACUACACAAGUAAUUCUCAGUCAGAGAAAAAUUAUAAAAUGCACACAAACCAAGGAAAAGAAUUAAAUUUGCCCCAAAGCUUAGUAUCCAUCAAUAACCACUGUCAAUAUUUUGAAACAUAUUUUUCUAAGGUUUUUUAAUGCAAAUAUUUUAAGUAUGUUUUAAAAUAAAAUAGAACAAUAUAAUACAAUGUAUUUUUAGUAAUCUCCAUUUUUACUGAGGAAUAUGUGAUUAUUAUUCUAUGUCAACAAACAGGUGCACCAACAUUUUAAAUGACUUGCAGAGUAGUUAAUGAUAGAGAUGUAUCAUGAUUUAUUUCCUCAUUGGUGGGUUUUAGGUUGUUCCACA